UCGAACCCGGUUUCGUGGAACUUCAUCGACUUUCUGCAUAAGUCGAACCCAGCAGUCAAGAAUUGUCUUUCCUCAACCUUGUACGACUACCUAUCCGGAGUCUCAUUCGAUGCGACUGAUCAACCAAUGAAUGAAGAUCUCCUCUACUACGCGUUAUUGUUACCCCUGACGGUUCCCGUGGCGUUCGUGUUCGGAUUCCUCGCUUGGCUCGGAUAUGGAUUGAUGAUCAACAACUGAUAUCUCGGAUUCUGGCGGUAUAUUUUCCAAACCCUCGAAGCACGCAUCGAACGAGCAAAUAUGUCUGAACUCGGACCAUUAAGGGGAAGUCGGGACAAGAGUUUCCCCACGGAGCUCGACAGACAGGCUGCCAUAGAGGCCUUCCGGAAUAGACCCGAGACGGAAACAGGUUGGGAUCGAGUACGUGAAAUGUACUCUUUCAAAAACAGAGAUAUCUCUCCGGAGAUGAGGAUCGUGUCUUCUGCCACGCAACUGAGCGCCAUAAUGGGAUUCAUGGCUGGCGCAAUCGGUGCUUGGGUCCCAGCGAAGGACGAGUUCAUGCGCCUCAACAUGGAAACGAAAUUCCUCUCCCAGUUCUAUUUCAACCGCGCGCUGAGUCGGCACCAGAUGAGAACUUGUUCGAAACAAGGCUUGAGAGCGGGAGCUCGUUUAGGCUUCUUCACCGGAUUGUACUGCCUGGUCACUACUACGUUCGCCAUGUACAAUAACCGCCUGUCCAUGAGGGAAUACGCUGCGGCGGGAGUCGUCACCGGGUCUCUGUGGCAGUCGAAAGUCGGUUUAGGCGGUGUUGUUGUCGGAGGAGCUCUCGGAGGCUUCCUGAGUCUGCUCGCGGGCGCUGCUACCGUCAGGGUGCUCGAUAGCUACGGUGAAGAUUUUGCCUCGAUGCGAUACCAAAUUCACUUGGAUCAGCUGGCGGUUUGGGAGGCGGAAGAGCACGCUAGGAAUGAGAAGAACGUGGAGGCCCUGCUCAAAGAAGCGAGAGCAGAGCUCGAGGAGGAAAAAAGAGCCAUGGGGAGAAAGACAGCUUGAAUGUUGGAAUAAUUUUUCUAGAAAUAAAUUCGAUCUA